AUGAGUCUGGACUGCGAUAAAAAGUCCAAUGCUGUCGAGCUAAACGAAAACGUACCAGGGAUAACGACCACCGCGGACACUUCCGCGCUUGGUCACCUCGCCAAUCAAGAAGACCAUGAAGUCGGUAAACUUGCGUCCUUCCGCAAGUACCCUUGGGCAUGUGCUUGGUCGAUGUACAUGGUUUGGGUAGUUUUACUAGUCAGUUUCGAGAAUCAAGCAGCCGGCAACGUCAUUGGUAUCCCAGAGUUCAGGAAGGACUUCGGACAUCAAUUUACCGCGGACGACGGUACUGUGAGUUAUGUCGUUGAUGCUCAGUGGCAAUCGGCCUUUCAGGGUGCACCUGUAGCUUCUGCUAUCGUGGGCGCCCUCGGGUGUGGACAACUCGCUGACUGGCUUGGCCGCCGCCUAGUGGUCAUGAUCUGUCUCGCCGUGACAUUCGCAGCAGUGACCAUGGAGUUUGUUGCAACAACUAAUGAGCUGUUUUUCGGCGGCAAGUUCCUGAAUGGUUUCGUUGUCGGCGCCUUAGCAUCAGUCACCGUAACAUAUAUCGGCGAGGUUGCUCCUUUGAAACUCAGAGGCAUGCUGACCUGUCUGACUGCUCUAUCAUACACUCUCGGACCGCUUACAGUUGCGCUCAUUGUCAACUCCACCGGAGUAUACACCAACCGUUGGGCAUAUCGCGCUGUCUUUUGCGCACAGUAUGGUUUUGCUGCCAUAGCUGCUGCUUUCGUCUGGUCCAUGCCCGAGUCUCCAUGGUGGCUUGCAUCUAAAGAUCGUCAGGCCGACGCACUCAAGGCCCUUAACAGCCUUGGUCAUCGUGGCUUCGCAGGUGAGCAAAAGCUCGCUCAGAUCACGACGACUCUCCUAGAGAUUAAGCGCGAGACCGAAGGCGUCACAUACCUGGAGUGCUUCCGUAAAUCCAACCUCCGACGAACCAUCAUCUCGAUCAUGCCACUCACCAUACAGUCUCUCAGUGGAAUCACUUUCGCCGCAUCGUACUCAACGUACUAUAUGCAACUGGCCGGUUUCACCACAGAGAUGUCAUUCAAGUUGCAGAUUGUGCAACAAGUCAUCUCGCUUGUCGGCAACAUCAUGUCCUGGUACUUGGUCGACCGCGUAGGACGUCGCAACCUUACUUUCUGGGGACUCUUUGUUCUCACCAUCAUCUUGUUCGUCAUGGCCGGCCUCGCCGUCGUCGGAACAGUUCCUGCACUCAAAGGUGCCAUCAGCAUGAUACUCAUUUACUGCUUCUGGUACAACGUCACCAUCGGCGCUACUGCCUACACUAUCCUCUGCGAAACAUCGACUUCCCGUCUCCGUAUCAAAACUAUCGCCAUCGGCUUCGCUCUACAGAACGCCCUCAACACCAUGUGGAGUUUCGUACUGCCUUAUUUGUUCAACCCUGACCAACUCAACCUCGGUGGAAAAUUGGGUUUCAUCUUCGGUGGUCUAUCCAUCAUGUGCCUGGUAUAUCUUUGGUUUUACCAGCCCGAGACGGCUGGCCGGACGUACGAGGAGUUGGACGAAAUGUUUGCCAAUAAAGUCCAGGCACGGAAAUUCGGGGCGCACAAGACGAAUGCGCAAGCUAUGGGUGAGGCGGUCAAGGAAAAAGAGGGCAAGUAG